AUAACAAUCUUGCGUCGUUUGGAUACUUCAGGGUUCUCCUCUUCACUGUCAACCAGCCGCGUAGUUCGAAAUAGCUUGGUGGAAAUGGCGGCGAGAAAGAAGUCGUUACAACCCCGACAGACAAGUAUAAAUACCACGUUUGAGUCCAGUAUAGACUCCACCGCCGUCGAAGAAAAGUUGUUAAGCCAAGCAGAGGAGGACGAGGAUGGUGACGACGACGGACCUGUGGUCUUCAUCUGCGGGAAGUGCAAGUUGCCUGUUGGGGACUCAAUGUCCUGGGAUGGAAGUGAAGACUGCCAAAACCAAAUACGACUGAAGCGGGUCACUGACAACGUCGUGGUUGGAGAGGACUCUCGCCUGCAUGAAGCAAGCAAACGAUCUCUCUGUCUGAUCGUGGAUCUGUUCUGUCGAGGCUGCAACUCUGUACUUGGUAUGGUUUACGCAUCCACGCCUAAGAACCUGGACCACAAGAGAUUUGCAUUCUGUCUCAAUGUAGCAGACAUUGACAGCUAUGUGCUUGGCUCUGCAAGCCAGAUGCUGGCAGCAGAGGGCCCCAAAGAGCAGCCAGUCACACUGGAGUACAGAGGCAUUGUUGAACAACAGCUGACAGAGAUGAAAAUGCUGGUCAUGUCCAUGGCACAGAGGCUGGAAGAGAUUGAUGCUGGCCUUCAGGAGGAAUGCGAUGUGGCAUGACGAUGAAGAACGUCACCUUGUCUGGGUGGGUGCUUUGUCCAGGUGUUGAACGUGACUUCUCAACCCCGUACCUUUUUACAUUAGUGUUUCCUCCUCUUAAGUAUCAUCUCAACCACAUUCCCUCAGCCACACGUUUUGUCCGAGCCUCACCUUGUGUGCUCACACACACACACACACACGCACAUGGCUUCCACUCCGCUUUGUCCUGAUUACCAAUGGUGAAACAAAGACUGCCUGCACAUGUAAUCAAUCAUGUUGUCAGCUUGGCUCCUGUGGCUCAUGGCACCAUCUUCUCUGCGGGUCUCAGUGCAUGUAGUGAGUGAAUGUACGCUGUGAGCAGAAUGUUUAUUUGUGCAGGAUUUCAUCAGGCAGGCUGCAAACUCAGCAAAAUGCUGCAUUGAUCUGGCCACUCGAUUCCACACACACUUUUUUUUUUUUUUUUUUUUUCUUUUUUUUCUUUGUUCUCUUCAAGCAUGGAGCCUUGAAGGAUUGCUGUAUAUAUGCUUUUUUUUAUUGCCUUGUUGUGGCCAGAAGUGAACAUUUGAUGAAUUUGGAGUGAAAAAGACAUACACUCAUGCACAUUAUUGGCUAUUAUUUUACUUAGGAAUCAUCUAAAGACUUUUCUGUCUUUUCUUUUUUUUUUUUCUUAAAUGGGCAGCAAUUUCCAUCCCAGAAUUUGUUAUUACAUUGACUCAUUGGUUUGUUUUAUUUGUUCCUUCAUAGUUGUACAAGCUUCU